AUGUGCUCCCAGUUCCCCGCGGAUGGUGGUGCGUCCGAAGAGGAAUGGGGUCAAAAACCCCGCCCAUCGAACUUCACGUAUUGGUCGGCGCCCAUUCGAGUCGGAGAAUGCCUGCGCCUUCUCCACACUUCUCGUGCAAGUCUCCGACUGCAGCAGGCUUUAACUCUCGCCCACUCCCCUUUCAUUCGGGCUUACAUCGAGUUGGGCCUCUGGUUUUGGUACUGCUCUCGCGUCAAAUUUCCCAAGGCCCAAUUCUCGAAAGGAGGCAUCAUGGAUGUCAACCAGAGAGCUACUGUCCAAACGGGCUGUGACGAUUAA